GGAGUGUGUGGGUUCCCCUGCCCUGCCGCCGCGGAGCGCCCGCCGCUACUCCGUCCCGAUCGCCGCGUCCCGCGUGGUGCAGGCUGCCCGCUGAGCGGCGGCGGGAGCUGACGAACGCGCCUCCCGGCACGCCAGGCUCCACGCUUCCCUUCGCCCGCACUUCCUCCUGCCGCAGCGCCGUGCCGGCUGGGCGGGCGGGAUGGCGGCCCGGGGGAGCUGCCGGGCGCCGACGCGACGGCUGCUCGUGCUCCUGCUGCUUCCGCUGCUCUGGGCCCCGGUCGGGGUCCGCGCCGGCCCCGACGAAGACCUGAGCCACCGGAAUCAGGAGCCUCCGGCGCCCGCCCAGCAGCUGCAGCCGCAACCCGCGGCAGUGCAGGGCCUCGAGCCGGCCCGGGCCGAGAAAGGACUUACACCAGCCGCCCCAGUUCAUACCAACAGAGAAGAUGCAGCUACCCAGACGAACCUGGGAUUUAUCCAUGCAUUUGUCGCCGCCAUAUCAGUCAUCAUAGUGUCUGAACUCGGUGACAAGACAUUUUUCAUAGCAGCCAUCAUGGCGAUGCGUUAUAACCGGCUGACUGUGCUGGCUGGUGCCAUGCUUGCCUUGGCCUUGAUGACAUGCUUGUCGGUUUUGUUCGGCUAUGCUACAACAGUCAUCCCCAGGGUGUAUACCUACUAUGUUUCAACUGCACUCUUUGCCAUUUUUGGCAUUAGAAUGCUUCGGGAAGGUUUGAAGAUGAGCCCAGAUGAGGGUCAGGAGGAGCUGGAAGAAGUUCAGGCAGAGUUAAAGAAGAAGGAUGAAGAAUUCCAGCGAACCAAACUCUUAAAUGGACCAGAUGUUGAAACUGGUACAAGCACAACAAUACCUCAGAAAAAGUGGUUGCAUUUUAUUUCACCCAUUUUUGUUCAAGCUCUCACUUUAACGUUCUUGGCAGAAUGGGGAGAUCGCUCUCAACUCACUACCAUUGUUCUGGCAGCUAGAGAGGAUCCCUAUGGUGUAGCAGUGGGUGGAACAGUGGGACACUGUUUAUGCACUGGAUUGGCAGUAAUUGGAGGAAGGAUGAUAGCACAAAAAAUAUCUGUUAGAACAGUGACAAUCAUAGGAGGCAUCGUUUUUCUGGCGUUUGCAUUUUCUGCAUUAUUUAUAAGUCCAGACUCUGGUUUUUAAAAAGCUGUUCAUCUGUAUUCAGCUUAAGAUAUGCAACUUUCUGUACAUAGUGUACAUUACAACUAAAAGUAAUGGAAAACACUGUA